ACACUCUCGUGGAACAUGUGAAUUCACGCAGUCGAUGCCAGCAGCUCCUCGGGACUGAGAGGACGUUAAAGUGGAAGUGAAGACUUGUGAAGCUGCACUGAAACCAGCGGAUCAGGAAUUAGAAGCUGCUCGGAGGGAAAUCUGUGUUUCAGAUCAGUGGAUCUAUUAUGACUGCCAGGGUCCAGGGAGCAGCGCAGAAGAGCCGAGCAACAGAGAAAAUGGUGAAGGUCAGUAGAGCUCUGUGGCUGGUACUGGGCAUGCUCAGUCUGUCCAUGCUGCUGGUGGUGCUGGGAGUCUACGCAACUACUCGGACUGAAAGCCUGAAUGUGACCGGCUACGCCUCUGGAGUUAUUCUAACCCUUGGAGCUUUCCUGGGACUUCUUGGACUCCGUCUGGAAGAGAACCGCAAGCAGCUGCUGACGGCUGCCAUUGUAUUCCUCAGCUUCGGGAUCAUCACCUCUUUUCUGUGCCUGGUGAUCGAUGGUGUCUGUAUUGUCUUAAACAUGGACAUCCGUCCACUGAAAGAGGGGAGAUGCCAGUAUUACAGCAGCGGCAGCAGCUACAUCUAUGAGAAUUUCUACACGGCUGUGUCGUGUUGGAGCCCGAAGGAGUCCUGCACCAUGAUGGUACGAAGUGGGACCUGUUACUGCUGCGACCUGUACGGCUGUGCCAAUGGAGGAUACCUGAGCAACUACUAUGAGUUUGUUGGAGUACAAAGCUGUGAGGAAGUCUUCGUUCUGUACGUGUUAAUUUGGAUUCUCACCAGCCUCAACCUCGUGGCCUUCUUCGCAGGGAUACUGACCACAGCAGUGCUGGGCAGCAUCAAAGACUCGCAGCAGAGGUGUAGCAGCCCUGUGGCCGAUCCCUCUCAGAGCUCAGCAUCUUCCCCUACAGCUCCACUGCUGAUGGACGCCAACACUCACACAGAACAGCAGCUCCACCCAGGAGCACCAGUGUUUUUCCCUCCAGCAGAAAAGUCAGCUGCCACCCAGAGUUUUCCUUACUCACUGACUCCCCACAUGGAGACCAACCCGCCUCCCUUUGUCCCACUGACCAGCCUGCUGCCUUACAGAGUCCACGGCCUCCCAGCCUGAGCUUCACCAGCUCUGACCAGCAGCAUUGUACGAGAAAAAGAUCUAAAAUACUAAGAACAGAAAGGGAUGUGUAAUUGUUAUUGUUGCUGUUUUUAACAUUGUUGGGAGGGAGGAAAGACAAUGCAACUAAAAGAGAGAUAUGCUGGUCUGAAUAUUAUGCAGAAAUAUAAGUAUCUUAAAAUCCAACCGUGGACGUGGGGAUGUUUCAUGGAAAGUGUUUCUUGCUGCUUUUGAUUAAACACAAAAAUUUUAA